UUUACACAAACCUCAAUCUCUCUUUACAAAUCUUGCUCGUGUUGAUUUGUGAAUAGUAGACAUGUUAUGUUGGAUUUAUAGAUUUAGAUCUAACUAGCACAGUAUCUCAAAAUCAGUAAGGGAAACAAGUUGAAUAGAUUCAAAGAAUCAAAAUGCUAGAGAUACUAUGUAGUAUGCACAAAUCAUUAGACAUAAUGGUUCUGAUUAGAUACUUGGAUACAAAGAAGGAAGUUCCUUAGGUGUUCGAUAUGUUGAGGGGGUCUUUCUGCUAACAAUCAAUAACUUGUUGAUACAUGGAUUAACUUUACAUGCCAAUUUUUAAAAGUAUGAGUGAGAUUGCACAUCUAACACACGUGUCAAGACGCCAUUAGUUGUUAGCAGAAGAGCACCAAAUCCCCUCAACAUAACAGAAACGAAGGAAUGUCAUGCAAAAUAGGAGCUAAUAGAUGAACUGGGUAUAUAUAUUCUGCAAUAUGAUCGUGCUGGUUAUGGAGAAAGUGAUCCAAACCCCAAACGCUCACUGAAAAGUGAAGCACUUGACAUUGAAGAGCUUGCUGAUCAAUUACAGAUAGGGUCAAAAUUUUAUGUGAUUGGAGUCUCAAUGGGAUCAUAUGCUACUUGGAGUUGUUUGAACUACCUCCCCAACAGGUUAGCAGGUGUAGCUAUGAUAGCCCCAGUCAUAAAUUAUCAAUGGCCUUCCUUUCCUGAGAGAUUGAUAAAAGAGGACUAUAGGAGGAAACUUAUCAAGUGGACCAUGUCCCUUGCAAACUAUUUUCCUAAACUGUUGCACUGGUGGGUGACUCAGAAGUGGCUCCCUUCAAAUUCUGUCAUAGAAAAGAACCCAGCAUUUUUCAACAAAAGAGAUAUAGAUAUUCUAGAGACAAUUCCUGGCUUCCCAAUGCUUACCAAGGAUAAAUUAAGGGAACAAGUUGUUUUUGACACUCUAAGGGGUGAUUGGAUGGUGGCAUUUGGCAAUUGGGAAUUUGACCCAUUGAAGCUAAGUAAUCCAUUCCCCCCAAAUAGAACUUCAGCUCACAUUUGGCAGGGCUAUGAAGAUAAGGUAGUGCCCUCUCAAAUCCAGAGGUUUGUUACAGGGAAGCUGCCCUGGAUACAGUAUCAUGAAGUUCCAGAUGGUGGCCAUUUGAUUGUGCACUACAGUGGCUUAUGUGAGGCCAUUCUUAAAGCACUUUUACUUGGAGAAGAAAAUCUUUCAUAUAGACCUAGACCAGAAGUAUUUGUAUCUUGAUUUGCUAUGAUCUCUUAAUACAUUAUGUUUAUUGUUCUUUUUUUCUUUGGAGAAUGUCAAAUAUGUAAAUCACAUUCGUUGAUUGAAAGGAGGAAAAUGUCACAUAUGUAAAUUACUUCUUUCUUUUCUUCUA